AAACGCGAUAUCGAAAAUCUUCAAAUAGACCACGCCACGUACUUCGACACACUGUGGUCUAGUUUCUACAAAAUGAAGUCCAAAAUUUAUGUAUUAAUAAUAAUACAUUUUAUUUCCGCUCAGACAGUAACGUCCCAGGUACCCCCGUACGAGUGCAACAUACCAGGCGUCAAAUGUUAUUACUCCACUCCGUUUGAAACUGCGGCUCUUAAAGCUACACCGAUAAUGUCUCCACUACCGCCAUUGGCAAGCCCGUUACCGCCGCCGGCGACCCCAUUACCAGUAUUACCAAGUCCGGCACCGAUAGUGGCAACUCCAUUGCCACUCCCGGUAACUCCGUUACCAGCGUUUCCAAGUCCGGUACCAGUAAUGCCAAGCCCUUUACCGCCACCAUUGGCCCCAUUACCAGUAUUACCAAGUCCGGCACCGAUAGUGGCAACUCCAUUGCCACUCCCGGUAACUCCGUUACCAGCGUUACCAAGUCCGGUACCAGUAAUGCCAAGCCCUUUACCACCACCAAUGGCCCCUUUACCAGUAUUUUUAAGUCCGGCACCGAUAGUGACAUCUCCAAUGCCACUCUCGGUAACUCCAUUACCAGCAUUGCCAAGUCCGGUAGCUGUUAUGCCAAGCCCUUUACCGCCACCAAUGGCCCCAUUACCAGUAUUACCAAGUCCGGCACCGAUAAUGGCAACACCAUUGCCGCUUCCGGUAACUCCCUUACCAGCGUUACCAAGUCCAGUACCGGUAAUUCCAAGUCCGUUACCGCCACCGAUGACCCCAUUACCAAUAUUACCAAGCCCGGCACCGAUAGCGGCAACUCCAUUGCCACUUCCGGUAACUCCGUUACCAGUAUUACCAUGUCCGGCACCGAUAAUGGAAACUCCAUUGCCACUCCCGGUAACUCCGUUACCAGUAUUACCAUGUCCGGCACCGGCAGUGACAGCUCCGUUGCCUCCACUAGAAAAUCCGUUACCGCUAGUAGCAGACCUGUUACCGCCAUUGGCAAGUCCGUUGCCGCCACUGGAAAAUCCGUUAUUGCCACUGGCAAGUAAAUUACGGGAUUUAGAAAAUCCGUUGUUGCUAUUGGAAAAUUCGUUAUCGUUGCCUGAGUCACUUCGUCGUAACUUAGGUAUUGCUUACAACAAAUCAAUACCACCACCUUUUAUAUAA